UAGUGCAUCUAAUCGUUGCGCACCGCGAAUCGUUGCGCAGGGGAAGAAUAUUCACCAAUUGCAUGGAUCCCCUGCACCUAUAAAAGCUGUUUAUGAUAUGAAACGAAGUGAAAAUGAUCUGGCUUUGAAAAUAAUACAAUUUCAACACUUAACAAACCGGCAUACUUUCAGAAAAACAAUAUUUAGUACUUGAAAUGAAGAAGUGAUUAAAUAAAUACUUCCACGUGGUCCCACGAAACUUUGUCAACUAGCUUCGUCGGCCGCCAUCUUUAAAAUGUUUUUUUGUUGAAAUGACGCAACAUAGUCUCGAUUACCCAUGUAAAUAGUUAUUUUCAUGUAAACCCGUGGCCGAAUUGAGAAAACAGCUGCGCAAUAAUUCGCGUCACAAUCCGCUUGUGGGUCACAUUUUAUUGCGCACCCUUAUGCAACAUCCUACCAAUAGGGUUUGCUAUAUAAAUAGUUUCGAAUGGCGCCUUUUUUUUGAAUUCGAAAUUGAGCAUGAAUGCAUCAGAUUCAUUCCUAAACAAAAACAGUUCAGGUACAGACGUGUUUUUAAAGUUGUUAGUCAUUUUAAACGUAUACAAGGAAUUUAAUUGGUAUUUUAAUUACAAACAUGCCAAAUAACAAAGUUAAGAGAAAGAUUGAGACUCCGUGGACAGAGGAUGAUAUGCAGAAAGCAUUGGCGUUAUAUAAGUCUUCAACUUCUUCACUCCGUUCUAUUGCGAAAGAGGUAUAUAAACAUAACCUUCGUCAAAAGUACGGGGGUGCAAGUUUGAUAAUAGGGCAAUAAGUUUCAUUAUUUCUCCUUGUUUUUUUUAUUUUAUAUAAAUUUCUUUUUAGUGUAAAGUUGCUGAAUCUUCGCUUCGCUUUCGCUUAAAGAAGGUAGAUAAAGGAAGGUCACUUUCCAAAGCUGGUCGAAAAUGUGUGUUUAGUGAGCAGGAGGAGAUCGAAUUGAGAAAGUGUAUCGCUAUAGUUUGUGAAAACGGAUUCAGUCCAACAUUAGUGGAGAUACGAGAGUUAGUGAAGCAGUACGUGACUGUCAAUGACAUCAACACACCAUUCGUGUCAAAUCGCCCUGGAAGGACUUGGAUGAAGUUAUUUAUGAAGAGGAAUCGACUUUCUCUGAAAAAAGCAUCAAUGAUUUGCAUUUCGAGAAAGUCAAAUACUGCCAACCCUUUCGUAAUUUACGAUUUUUACGACAAGCUAGAGGGGAUUUUGAAAGCAAAUCCUGGAAUAAAGCCAGAAAAUAUUUGGAACUGUGAUGAGUCUGGAUUUCCUACCGACCCCGCAAAAUCGAAGGUAAGGUUUGACUUAGUAAUUAUUCUUUGUCUUAAUGCAACGACUUUUCAUAACUUCCCUUCUGAGUAUUAACAGGGUAUAUAUAUAUUAUUUCAAUAUGCUUCCUCUUUAGGUGAUAGGUCCAACAAACCAACCAGCGUUUAAGCUAUCAUUUGGGGCCAGGAGGGAAAAUAUAACAACGAUGGCUGUAUGCAACGCUGCUGGUAAAGUUCUUGACCCUUUUAUCAUAUUUCAAGGUAAAAACUUUCAGUCAACUUGGAGAGGCGAAAAUGGUCUACCAAAUACAUUUUACGCUGUCAUACCAAAUGGAUGGAUGGAUACAAUCACGUUCGCAGAUUGGUUUGAUAAGUUUUCUGACCAAAAUGCUGCUAGACCAAUGUUGUUGCUUUAUGACGGACACAUGAGUCACAUUUCCAUACCAGUGAUCCAGAAAGCUUUGGAUCAAAAUAUCCAUCUGUUAAAGUUCCCACCACACGUUACGGAUAUACUUCAGCCCCUCGACAAGCGCUGUUUUGGGCCACUAAAACGAUCCUGGGAGAACUUGCUGAACGAAAGAAUUAAUCGUUUUGGAUUGGUGAAAAAGGUCGAUAAACCUGAAUUUGUCAAUCUUUUAGCCACUGUAUGGCAUGAAGGAAUGAACGAGGGAAAUGUAAAGGUAGGUUUCGAAUCCACUGGAAUCUGGCCUCUCAACCGCGAGAAAUACGAUACUUCUCGCUUUGACGUGCGACUUGUCCAUCGCUAUGAUGAGUGGGUUGCUUCGGGAAAACCCUCCCUUGACUGGACAACCUGUAACAGUGGAAAAGACGCACCAAAAGCAGUCAAAAAACCUUUGACAGAUAGUAAUGUAGAGUUCGCUGUAGAUAACACAUCAACAGAAACCAAAAUAUCGACACCUUAA